GCAGCAGCAGCAGCAUCAGCGGGGAGGCAGCGGUCCCAGAGAAGCGGCGCGGCCGAGCACAGACGUGUUGUCUGACACACAUUCAGCAAAGUCUGCAAACAAAAGUUGCUGCAGCAAGGCUGCCUGUGCGUGCGUGUGCGUGCGUGGGAAGUAUGAGGUGGAGCUUCUUCAUCAUGGAAAGCUGGAUGAAGUUUGUUCUCUGAGCAGCUGUGUGGACUGUGGUCCUGGAUGUGGUGUCAGUGCUGCUAACUCAGAUUAUCACAACAACAACCAGCGCUGACCACAGGACUGUCCUACACUCUUGGUCUGGGACCCGCUGCCCACGCAGGACCUGGUCCUCUGGACCCUAACGGCUAACACCCGCCCUCUGAGGAGAACAGUGAUCUUUGACCUCCUGGCCUCCACAUCCUCUCACAGCUGUCAUGGCUGAGAAAACCACAGUACCCCUUUGUGAACCUGCUAACAGCCAUUCUGGUUCCUGUCCUCAGCCCGGCUCUGGCUCCAGCCCUGCUCCAGGAUCCAGUCCGGACUCCAGAACCAGACACACGUCUAGGAGAAGGCAGGAGGAGGAGACAGAGGACCUGUUGGAGCUGAUAGCAGGGUUUCAGAGCCAGAGAAUGGAGGAGCAGAGAGCCAGCAUCACCCUGCUCCCGGCUGCUCCAUGUGGAACCUACGCACUCCAUACCAGCCCGGAUCUCCCCAGCCAGACCUUCUACGACAUGCUGAUCCUCUACCAGUCUAAGAGGAUGGAGGACCAGAGAUGUUCUGUACCGGAGCUUGAUGAGAUUUCAGCUUCGCUUCCUGAUGGUCAAGAGGAUUUCUUCAGUCUGAUCCAGAGAGUCCAGUCCAGGAGGCUGAAUGAACAGAGAGCCUCGCUCCUGAUCGAACACACUGAAACACACACUGACACACACACACACUGACACAG